UCCUUCGGUCAAAGGAAAGUACACCGAUAAGAGGGGUAAUUUACACUGCAGCAGUUUAGGGUGAGUUCCUCGCUCAAGGGGACGACAGUAGGAGACAGGAUUUGAACCCGGAACUUCCAAGUCCAAAGGUGGCACCUCUAACCACGACGCCACCCGCUGGCCCUUCAGGAGAUCUCGAGAAACCUUUAAAGCUCGGUGACGCAUCAUUCAUUUCCCCGGUGAAAUUCGUGCUAUCAGAGCUCGUUUUACGAGAAUCGCCAGUUGGAGCGGAGCGCAAAUCGGGGGAAGCAGAAGUUCCACCUGGGGGAGGGGUGGUAAGGAUCGUGGGCUGGAUGGGGAUUAGGGCUGAGAGGCGCGAGACACACACACGGGGGGGGGAGGGAGGGAGGGAGAGAGAGAGAGAGACCAGGGAGCGCAUUCCUGCGCUCGCGACUGCCGCCCCGCGCGCUCCCUGCUCUUCUGCAAGAUGGCGGAGUCGGGAUCAGCGCGGGACGCGCGGGCCGAAGAGGAGCACGUGAACAACUCCGUGGGGAACCCGGCUCUCAUCUCUCCUGAUAAAGAAGACCCCUCCCGACUGCUGACCGUCCCGUUCAGCGGGCGCAUCCGCGGAGGUAUGAGGCCGGGCAAGAAGGUCAUGGUGAUGGGCAUCGUGAAGCGCGAGCCCGACAGCUUCUGCAUCAGCCUGACGUGUGGGCGGGGCACAGGGGCGGAGCCUCCCGCCAACGUGGCCCUCGAGCUGUGCGCCCGCUUCGCGCGGCGCCAGUUCGUCCGUCGGGCGCGCGUCUCCGGAUCGUGGGGGGCAGAGGAGACGCCCAUCGCCUACUUUCCCUUCAUCCCGGAGCAGCCGUUCCGGAUCGAGAUCCACUGCGAGCACCAGCGGUUCAGGGUGUUUGUCGACGGACACCAGCUCUUCGACUUCUACCACCGCGUGAACGCCCUGCCGGCCAUCGACACCAUCAGCAUAAGCGGGAGCCUGCAAAUCACCAAGCUCGGCUAGCCUGGUCCUCGGCGCGCCGGGUCCCGAACCCGCCGGCACCCCCGACGCGCGACCUCCUGGGCGACUCGCUCCGCCGCCUGACCGUAAGCGGUUGCCUCUCUGCCACCUGAGCACAGGGCCAGGUGCGCGCGCGUGUCGGCCGGAGCCGAAGCGCUUCGCUAACACCUCGCUCCAGGACGCUGCGGCCAGAUUCCGCGUGGAGAAGCGAGUCCCGAGCAACGGAUUUUUGUGCCAUUGAAACUGGACGCUCUCAGGAACACAGUGCUUGUAGCCGUACAGAACAGUGUGAUGUAUUGGGGUCGGUCGGGGGGGGUGAAGGUGAACUGUACGCUGCAGGGAGCGUCCUGCUGGACUUGGAAGGACAGCAUCCUGACGUGUCCUACGGUAAACUGGGUGUGAAACAGUACAAGGGGCGGCGGCCUGACGCCUAAUCGGUCGUCAGUCAUUCCUGUCUGUUGCUGAUAUGAUCGUUUGUCCAGUAGAUGAUGUCAGGUGCUGAUUGGUCAUCUGCGAAAUGGGGCGGGGCCAGCAGCAUGCGGACGCCUGCAGGGGGCGCCGCGGUUCAGUUCCACUGUUCAGGGGUGGCUUGGCUGGUAAAUUGUCAUCUCGUGGUGUUUCGGGUGUAAAUCGGAGUCGCUGACAGGUAAUCGUAAAAGGCGCGGGACCGCAGCUCUUCGGGACUCCGAUUUACCACGGUGGAUGGAGUGGUAAACGGAACAGCGCUAAGAGGGGACACCAGGCCGGUUGCGCCCUGUCAGGAGGUUUGGGACCUGGGUCCCACUUAAUGUGAAGGGUUUCAAGGACAGGUAAAAACACGGUACAAGGCACGUGUCGUGUGGCCCACCCCCCC